AUGGUCACCGCACAAAAGGAGGACCAGACCUUUACCAAAUUCCAGUUUUAUGCCGUCAAGCAUUGGGGCGGAGCGCAAUGUGGACAAACACCGCGAUACGCGCCGCCUGCUAUCUCAUGGUCUCUGUUUGAAAUCUCUCAAGGAGCAGGUAAAUCAGUAACUGCACUCUUCUCCCGCGAAGGGGUGACAGUCAUGCCUCUGACUCUCCCCGCCGACAACACUUUCGUCAAUAAUUAUUGGCUUCUUGGCCCUACCCAGAAGUCCUAA